AUGUCCACCCUAUCUGCCAUGCGGACCUGGGAGGCCGAAAACGACAUCAUCACGGUCGACCCGAGCCAAAAUGCCCUGUACAACCUACCAGACCCAGCGGCCUACAAAGCACUGCAAGACGCUGCGCCAUGGAAAAAAGACCCCAACUACUUCACCCACGUACGGAUAUCAGCACUGGCGCUGUUAAAGAUGACGAUACACGCACGAUCGGGCGGAAAUCUGGAGAUCAUGGGGCUGAUGAUCGGCUACGUGUCUGGGCGGUCAUUGGUCAUCACGGACGCAUUCAGACUACCCGUCGAAGGGACCGAGACGCGGGUAAACGCACACAGCGAUGCGGACGAAUACAUGGUGAAUUUCGGGAUUGCGUCGCGGGAAGGAGGUGGGCAGCUCGAAAACGCCGUGGGCUGGUACCACUCGCACCCGGGCUAUGGAUGCUGGCUGUCGGGAAUCGACGUCAACACCCAGAUGACGCAUCAGAUGGUUAAUGACCCGUUCGUUGCGGUCGUCAUCGACCCGGACCGCACGGUGAGCGCAGGCAAGGUCGAGAUCGGGGCGUUUAGAACCUACCCGGAAGGACAGCGGCCACAAGGUGACAAGAGUUCUUUCACCGACGAUAGUGACGAGUUCCAGGCCAUUCCUAUGGGAAAGAUCGAAGACUUUGGAGCCCACGCCAAUUCAUACUACGCUCUGGAAGUCACACACUACAAGUCGACUCUGGACACCCAUCUUCUGGGUCUCCUGUGGAACAAAUAUUGGACUUCAACGUUGUCGCAAUCUCCACUGUUCACCAACCGCGACUAUGCUAACAAGCAGAUCGCCGACCAUGCUGGUAAAAUCAGAGAGGCCGCUAAGAAACAACGCACAGGUGCUAGCAGCAUGGCUCGGCGCACCCAAGGCUUGGCCGGCAGUGCAGAUCAGAAUUUUAGAGUUGUCCGUGAUGGCUCACUGGAGAAGAUUGUCCGAGGUGGGAACAAGAUCGCAUCUGAGGAGAUUGCUGGUCUGCUGGCCAGUGAUGUCAAAAAGAAGCUGUUCUGGGGUGUUGUCCAGGAGGCCCGGCUCAAGGCUGCCGAACAACAGGCAACCAACGCUGCUGCUGGGGUGACCAUAACAAGCAAUGGAGGUUGA